AUGUUUUCCACCAGCGAUGGAUAUCUCAAAUGGGCUGGACCAAUGAUGAGAUUCAGAAACGCGUUAGGCUGUUUUGCUUUUGGUCGAUUCAAUUGCCAAGCUAUUCUUCAAUCCUUCCAAAAGGGUGGAUUAGCUACAAUUCUCUCAAUUUUAUCCCAGUUCCUAGUAAUUACUUGCUUCUCGUUAUUAAUGUACUAUGUCAAAAAGGACGACGCUGUACACCUUAUGUGGUGUUAUCCUCUCACAGAUUCUUUUGGUUUGGUCCGUGGUCUAGCUUUUUGCUCUACAACACUUUAUAAUGCAUUUAAAUUUGCAAAAAGUGAACCAAAAGAUGAUGGUGAAUCUAGCGCUAAUGUAUCAAAAGCUGCAACACAAGUUUAA